AUUAUUUACCUGCUUAUUUACAAUGGCUGCGAGGCAUCAGUUGUGUUAACAAAAAGAAAACAAAACGUCAAAAUUAACAGUUUGUCUCCAUAAAAAAUCAAAAUUUCACGUGAAAUAUUAACAGUGUCGUUCAAAAAACAAAAUUAUGGCAGAACAGGAUGAUAACUGGUUCGGAAGUUGGUUGAACGCAGCGAAAGAUAAGAGCUCCAAGGUGCUCGAGUUCGUCAAAAAAGACCUGGAGGAGUUCGGGAACGUCGUACGAAACGAGGCAACUUUGGUAGUUUCUUCCACUGGCAACGCAAUCGAGAGGACCCUCAAGCUGGACUCGCCUGACUCCACUGCCAGCUCCAUGAAAAGAAGUUUCAGUUCUUUUCUUGGUCAAAUGAACACUGUGUUAAACCCCAGUCCCGAUGAUUCAGACACCGAAGCCAUUUUAAUCGUCGAAGAUUCUGAAACCGUCACACUGACAAAGUUACAAAGAGCUGUCUAUGAGUUACAAAAAACCGACACGACUUUUACGGAGGACCCGGACGACGAGCUCAAGAAAAAAUUCGAGUGCUGGCUGGAAAUCGUCGACGACCAGCUGUCCGAAGACAGGAUAAACAAACAUUUAAAGAGUUCCGUUGUUCUUAGAAACCAAUAUGAAAAACUUGUGCCUGACACUGUGCCACAUACGUUAUUCUGGAAAAGGUAUUUAUUUAAAAAAGCGCUUUUAGAAGAUGAUAUCGCUCACCAGGAAGCCAUGGAAAAGAAGGAAAAAAAGGAGAAGUCGAUGACGUUAGAGAAUGUGAAGUGGGAGCAAGAGGAUUUUGCCCCUUACAUCGAACUGACUGAAGAAGAACAGAUAAAACUGCUGCAGGAAUACGAAAAAGAGAUUAAAAACAAACAAGACACCGCUACGAAACCUGAAAAACCGUCUUCUACAAUUCCAGAAUCUUGUGAUAGUAGUUCUAAAGUUUCCUUAGAGCAAGAAUUAAAAAAUUCAGAAACGAAAGCUAUUAAUAAAGUCGAUUCGGCGAUUAGUCUAGAAACAACUAGUAGUAAUAGUAGCACGGAUGGUGAUUGGGAAAAAAUCAGUGACGUUGAUAAAUAGAGUUGUAAUCGAGAUAUAUUUAAAUUUUUAUCUUACAAGUAGCGCCGUUGACACAAUGCAAAUUUUUGGGGAUUCUUUUUAUUUAUUUGAAUUUUGCAAUAAAAUUCUUUUUACUAGUCUAAUUUGUUUACACUAUUGUAUUUUAUAUUAUAUUGUUUAUCUCAAUAAAUUGAUGUAUGCAUUAUUACCUCA